CGGUGUGCGUAUGUGAGGGGCUGUCUCGCUCCGUUUCUCCGUGUUGCGCCGUCGGGGCCAAAAAUAGACGAAUGGACGACGUGCGCGUCGUCAUCCCCGUCGUCGGUGGUUCCUCGCGCUCGUCCAGAAUGCCCUCGCGCCACUCGAGAUCGUAGAUCGCACUCUCAACGAGCGCGCGCGGGCGAGCGAGCGAUCGCGCCGCCCUGGUCCUCCGUCGCCCGGGUGGAGACGAGGAGAUGGAGGUGCUCAAGACGUCCCAGGAGAUCGUCCACGAAGGGUGGCUCAUCAAAUCGCCGCCCACCAAGCUCUGGCGAGCGCGAUGGAGAAAGCGGUGGUUUGCCCUUCGCCAUAGUGGCGAGCUGCCUGGCCAAUACUUUCUGGAAUAUUACACGGACAGACGCUGCCGUAAACUCAAGGGUCGUAUCGAUCUGGAUCAGUGCGAACAGGUGGACGCGGGUCUUCGAUUCGAAAAUCGUAAACAGAAGUAUCAGUACAUGUUUAACGUGAAGACGCCGAAAAGGAUCUACUAUUUAGUCGCUGAGAACGAAGCAGAUAUGAAUAAAUGGGUGGACGCGGUGUGCCAAGUCUGCGGUCUGAAGGCGUACACGCAGGACGAGGAGCAACAAAUGUACCAAUACGAGUCUCAAGAAUCGCCGCCUAUUUCGCCCACCAGCACGAUCUCCGGCCCCUACAUUCCUAUUAGCGAGUGCAUUUCCGGUCGUCGGCUCAACGACACCAGCUCCCUGAAUUCGGCCCUUGGACAGGGGCCCGAGCAUUACGACGCCCCGAGAAGAUUGGCACCCUCGCCGCCGCGUUCGCCCACGACGACGGACGCCGAGAGCGUUUUCACCGAUGACGAGUGGACGUCCGUGACGAGCGCGAAUUGGGACACGCUUCCGUCGACGGGUGAUUCACGACCUCUUGGCCCGGGCGACAACGAGAUCGGCUCGUGGAGCGUGAGAAAACGUUUCGGCAAGCUGAGGAUCGUCGAUUCCACGAUUCCACCGGCCGUGGACAAGUUACCAGCACCGCCCAGGCCACCGAAACCGCCUCAUAUGUUACCUGAAAAUCCCGGUCACAACUACCUGAAUCUGGACGGUGCCACCGAGAGCUCGAAGCCGAGCACCCCGGCGACGCCGGCGCCGACGACGCCUGCCGCCGCUACGACGACGACGACGGCGACGGGCGUCGUGACCGACGAGUCGUACGAUUUUCCCAGAUCUCACCAACCGCAGACGGCACAGGCGACGCAAGCCGAGAGUAACACGGCGGCCGAUCAGUCGUCAAAGCACUUCUACUCGAACGCCGCGCCGAGCACUAUCGUUGACGAGACGCAGAAUGUAUUCCGCUACGAUUUCCACGAGAUCGAGCCGUCAAGUCCGCGCUCCGAAACCUCGACCACGGUGACGUAUUCGAAUCUACCGAGCCCUCUCGUGCGGGACGGUGGCGCGAGCGUGCCGACCACCAUGGCGCCGCCUCCGCCGAUGGUGUACAGAGAGCUGAAGCCGGGCAGAAAGACUAGCGACUCGAUGUCUGUCAUAAGCAACGAACCGUCACCGGGUCCGACAAUAGCGCUGUACGAUGUGAGCUCCGCCGAGCACUCUCCGGCCGAACCGCCGAGCAUCAACAGGAAGCUGAAGCCGUCGUUGAAUAAAUCACCGGUGGAGGCACCUCAUCUACAAUUGGCGUCCCCGCCCGGGAGAGGAAGAAUGCGGGCGGCACCCAGUCCGACGCUUCCGUCGCAUGUGCACUCGACAUCAACACGUCAUCAAUCGACGUCGGACGAAGACAAUAACGCGUUCGAGGAUAAAGAAGAGAUAUACUACUAUCAAGAUCAAGACAACACGUUCACCCCGGCGUCUAAUCGCUUAGUGGUGCUGCAGUAUCUGGAUCUCGACUUGGAGGCGACGGAGAGUUUCAGCUCCUCGACCUUACCGCCCGCGCAGUCCCUCCCGAAUACGACAGUGUACAAAACCGUGGAUUUCGUGAAAACGGAGGCUUUCAAUCGAACGCGGCAGCGAGUGGAGGAGGAGAGGAAACUGUGCACGGACGAAUUAACGUAGGAGGCGAAUUUGUAUCAUACAAAUUAUUAGAUAAAUUACACGGAUGUUAAAUAGAUUAAGUGUGUGAACUUUUUGCUAUGUUAUGUAGAUGAAAGAAAGGAUAUUUUUUUUCUAUUUUAAGACAUUAGGAUAGCAUGUUAGAAUAGUAGUGCUGCGCGAAAAAUACGAAUGAAUUUGAACGAAAGAUUGCGGUGUCGACGUAGUGAUUGCAGAAAGACAGCGUCCACCGCCUUUACGAAAUAAUGUCAUUUUAUUCUUUACGUAGCAGUGGUUUAGCUUCAAACAAAAUUGGCUAUGCAGUUAGAAGAGGCAAUCGAAAUAUUGUACAGCAAUAUAAAAACGGACCAAAAAUGUAAUGUUACAUAUAAAGGGAAGUGAACGAACGGCAGAGUUGUCGAUAGUCUCGUCAAGAAGUAUCCUCGGGAUCGGGGUUUUCUGAUUCGAUAAAACGAAGUAUUAUUUAAAUCUUAAAGAUUCUCUUAUCUUUGGGUACAAUUAUGGUUUUACAUAUUAGAUUUACAUAGAGUCAACGUGGGGCAUUUUUAUCAUCAACUAUGUGCAACGAAUAACUAAGAAUCUGUAAUAUUGUUCGUUUUAAGAUGUCCUACUUUUAGCGUUAGAUAUAUGAAAUGAUAUAAUAUUUUUUUAUCAUGCCGCAACGAAAUCCGCAUUACCAAGGCGAUUAGAUUACAUGUUACAGAAAUAGCCGAUUACAUUUAAUAUUGAAAAUAAUAUCGAAUUUUAUAUAACACUUAUUAUGUAAAUUCUUUUAUCGGAGCCUAGUCUAAUAUAUUAAUUACGUAGAUUAUAGCACAUGCCUUGGUUCAGAUCUUGUAAAAUUUAUCCGGAAGAAAAUUAUAUUGAAAUUGUGUCAUCAUUGUACAAU